AUGGGUGAAACUUGUAGAAAUGGAAGGACAAGCACACUCCAAAUACCAAUUGGUGUUGAUCAUAUAGGUUCAUUUAGUGGUGUGGACAUGGACAAUGAGAUGGACACUAACUAUGCUAGUGACGAGCUUUGUAGUAGUGACCCUGAUGCUUCAGAUCAAGAGAAUGAACUAAAGUAUCCUAGGUUUAAGAUGAAGGAGUUGGACAAGAAUUAUAAGUUCAAAGUGGGAUUGGAGUUUGGAUCAUGUUGGAGUGGUAAAGCGGCAAGUAAAAAAUCACUUUAUGAAUUUAAGGAAGAAAUUAUUGAACGAUCAGUGUUAAAUGGUCAUACUAUGAAUGAUUUAUUAGUGUUGUGGCUAUACCAAGACCCUGAAGCUCAAAAAAGAGAGAGAAAACCAAAGAAAACUGCUACAGGAGAACCAUCUAGGAAUACAACACAAGAGCAACCACAACCUACUGAAUUUGUACCUCCAAUACAAGAGCACCCUCAACCUCAACCUAUAAUAACUCAACUUGAUAUUGAUCCUGAGUUUGAAAUGUUUACUGCGAAUAUUGGAACAAAAUUUGAGACAACACAACCACAACCAAAUGUGAAUGAUUUCGCAUCACAAACUACUGAAAUUGUACUUGUUCCUGCAAUUCAGACAACACCUAUUUCAACUGCUCAAACUGCACAUGUUCCUACUAUCGCACAUGACUCUAGUAUCACCCUUUCCGCACCUGAUUAUAUUUUGUCUGCACAUAGAGGGCACUCUUUAAAGAAUGCUUUAUACAAAUAUUGGAGAAGGGUUUUUAUUUGCUUGCUCUAUUCAUCUUGUGGAAGUAACUUCAUAUGUAGUCUCCAUGAAACGGAUGCACAAAAAGCCAGAUCAUCCUAG